GAAUUUCAUUGGCUGCCACUUGGACUCCGGCUUGUUGUUUCAAAAAAGCAUGGCGGAAGAGCCGUGGAAUAAGAUAAACAUUCCUUUUCCAUGUGCUGUGUCUGUCUACCGAAUACCGUUUGCCGAAGACACAGACACUGUGUUGCAAUGUCUCGUUGCGAAAAGCGAGAAGUUUCUAAAACUUUUCUGCAGCGACGUCUUGCAGACGGAGAUACGCGUUCUGUACGAGGUGCUAUACGUCACCAACAACAGCUCCAGGCAACAGAAGCCUUUCCGCGCCCUCAAACAGGUAGAGCAGUGUGUACAUCGAGUGAAGGCGAUGAAGUUGAGAGAGGCGGUUCAGGACCUUUGGGAGGCGUGUCCUAAGAAAGCCCAGCGGACCGUAGGUCUGGAGUGUAGGCAGUGUGAGGUGCCCAGUCAGGCGCUUCUGGAGUGGGUGUGUGUGAAGAUGCUGGGCGGGGCCUGUCUCCUCACUCGCCUCUUGGAGUACUGUUCAAAAGCUUUCAUUCUGAGCAGACGGCACCUUCAGACAGGAGAGUUCCUCGUCCUCAACCUUAUGCUCAUCAGCAUGCUCUCCAGACUAUGGGUGUUCUUCCGGGGCUUACUGCGUGCCCUGCCCCCCCUCUACCUCCACGCCCUGGAGCUCCUGCAGCAGGUGUCCCGCGCCCGGCCCCUGCCCUACCUCACCUGCUUCACUCUGCCCGGGAGCCUGAGCGGCGUGCUGGGUCCCUCCGGGGCAGACCUGCUGGAGAUGGAGCCCACAGGCCGGGGCAGGAGGCCGGUGCGGAGAGCCUCCAAGGCCACGCUGCUCAGUCGGCUGUUCGGGGAGGACGGGGGCGGGGAGGGGGCGAAGAGGAGGGUAGCCAUGGGCGUGCAGAAGGCCCAGCGUCUGAAGGAGGACCUGGGCAGCGUCGUACUCCAGAGGACCUCCCACGCCAUGAGUGCGGGGGCGAAGCUGGACAUUAAAUCCCUUCUAAUGGGAACCAGAGCAGCAAAAACACAGAUGACUACAUUGCCAAACCAGAGGUGGUCUUCCAGUGAAGAUCCAGCUGUGAUUGGUCAGAAGAGGACCUUUGCGAAGCUGUUAGACUCUGCCUCCUCUUUCAGUGACCUGGCUGAGAACCUGCAGGAAGUGAUGCGGUGGUGUCGAGACAGGAAGUUGGUACGGGAGAGGCGGAGCCUGGCGUUCAUGUGUUUGAAGUGCCGCCGAAUGGUCAGCAUGGAGGCCGAGGGCUUGAGUGUGAAGGGGAGGCUGCGGCGGUUCCAGCGGACGGUCAGGCGGGUCCUGAUGUCGGGCAGAUGGCGUUCUCCUCUUCCUUGCCACUCGCUGAGACUCUGGAGGAGGCGGCUGGGCUGCAGAAGCUCCAUUAGAACUCUGGCACAAAGAGGCAGAACAUCUGAAGGUUCUAGAACAGUCAGGACUGUUCCCAGCAAACACAGAGUGUUGUCACAGCAACCUGUUGACCCAUGCAGUGUGGCGUUGCCACCUGGUUCCUCAGAGGAUGAGGUGAGAGGAAGUGAUGUCACAAGCGGCGCUGCCGGAAUCAGGAAGUCUACAACGACAGUCCCACAGAAAGCCACCAAUACGGAAGAAGAUGACAUUGAUGACAUAUUUUCUUCCAUUGGUUUCUGACCGUAUGAGAGACUUGGUUCAUGUGAUUCAGGGGUGUGUGUGUGUGUGUGUGUGUGUGUGUGUGUUUGUGUGUGUGUGUGUGUGUGUGUGUGUGUGUGUGAGUUUUCUCAGCCUUACCAAUAUCAGAGCAAGACAAGUCGUCUCCACAAUGAAUACACAAAACAUAAUAAAUAAUCUGUUGAGUUAAUAUAAAAUAUAGACAUUGAUAAAGCAGUAAGCAGGCUUUUUAUUAACAUGUUCAUUUAUUCAUUAACAUAAAUCUCCCAUGUAACCAAGGCUACAGUACAUUCAUCACCAAAUGUCCAGAUGCAUCACUGUUUUUUUAUGUAUUUGUUUUUUUCAAUAAAUUCAGACAGUUUUGCUUCA